GGCAGUUAAUUGAUACCUUGCCCCUUCUCUUUUACUUCUCCAGAUCAUCUUACCAAAGUAUCCAGGGACUUGGUUGUACGCCCUCCAACGUAUAACGUUCAUCAUGACUGUCAUGAAACCAUUAAUCCUAAUCACCGGUGCCAACCGGGGCUUAGGGUAUGCCACGGCCAAACAGCUUACCAGAACCAGUAAAUACCGUCUCCUCAUUGGUGCCCGGACGCAAGAGAAAGCCGAGGAAGCCAUUAAGGAACUAAGCAGUUCCUCCGACGACCUGACGCCAGUGUCACUAGACCUUAACAGUGACGAAUCCAUCAAGGCUGCUGCCACCUUUGUUCGGGAACGGUUCGGUUCGCUCGAUAUCCUUGUCAAUAAUGGCGGAAUCAACCGAUCCUCUGACCCCAACGCCACGCUGCGCGAGACCUACCGCGCCGUGUUUGAGACCAACGUCUUCGGGGUGGCCGUCGUAAUCGAGGCUUUUCUUCCCCUCCUCCGUGCUUCCCAAUAUUCUGAUCGACGCAUUGUCAACGUUACUAGCGGCCUCGGACAGAUUGGGAUAGCCUACUCGCCUACCUCGGAGUAUAGUGCCAGGGUCUGGGAGCUGCCAGUCUACCGAAGCAGUAAAUCCGCCCUCAACAUGAUGAAUGCGGUGGAUGCGGUACGCCUGCAAAAGGAGAACAUCAUGUCAGUCGUGGUCUGCCCGGGCCACUGCCGGACGGACUUUGGAGGAGGCCGCGGUGUCAAGUCUGCUGAGGAAGGGGCACGGCCUAUUGUACGCGCGGCAACAGAGGGUUCCCCGGACGAAAUGUUUGGGAAGGUCGUGGAGGAUGAGGGGUAUUUUGUGGAGUUUGGGUGGUAAAUGCCACAAUGAUGGAGGAAUUGGUCAUUUGCAGUGUAUUGUAACAGUUUAUAGUACCGUACUGCUAGAUCAUAGUGAUAACCUAUAUUCUGUAGUUGACGGUUGACUAGAUGAAGAUGAUGGUGUAAAGAUGAUGGUGUCAUGUAGAUCUAUAUUCAGCAGUCAUGACAGGCCGCAGUUAAGUCAAAUAGUAUCAGUGACCACUGUAGGACUAACUCCAAUUGAGUACUAGUUUAACAGGGCUAAUGUAAAUGGCAUCUCAGUGGAGAUCUCCCAGAGUCCCGUUCUGAAG